GGAAGCCGAGUGGGGACCGGCUGGUUACGCAGCGGCCGUGGGUCUCCACCCGAGAGUAUGGCGGCUGGAAAACACACCGGAUAGCGGAGCACAAGCCCGAGACAGAGACAUGCCAGAGAUGGUGAACAACAAACAAAGAGACGCAAGUUAUUCUCUGAAGUGUGACUGUGGUUGUGGUGGCUGCUGUCUUCCGGGGGAUGCCCGCAGCUUGAAACAUCUCUCCUGCGGUUCAUUCCCGGACGAACCCCAGCGUUUUUCCAGCGUCCCCGAUGGGGCAAGUUUGUUUUUUUGGAUGAUGCACGGACAGCUGUGAGCGAAGCUGAUGAAAAGCUGCACGCUCCCCAUCGCCGGGUUCUCUCUCCUCUCUUUUCCCUGCAGAUUUAGGAGAACUGCAGUGCUCGGAUGCUCGCGUAUAUAUCUGUCAGAGUCCGGCCUGCGAUGGGGGAAUUUCUACAAUGAAAUCCGUCUCGGGGCACGGAGUCUUUGUGCUGUGCCGUAGCUGAGCCGGGGUCCGGCAGAGACAGCGCUACUGACCACCCGCUCGGUGCUGGACGCGGAUGGUGGAUGCGAUGCGCGCGCGAGCAAUUUGAGUUCAUUUCAAUGUCGCGCGGAGAUUGAUACCUUUCGACUUGAUUAAAUCCACGAUGCGCGAGUACAAAGUGGUGGUCCUGGGAAGCGGUGGGGUCGGGAAAUCCGCCCUCACCGUGCAGUUUGUCACCGGGACGUUCAUUGAAAAGUACGACCCCACCAUAGAGGAUUUUUACCGCAAGGAGAUCGAGGUGGACUCCUCGCCCUCGGUGCUGGAGAUCCUGGACACCGCCGGCACCGAGCAGUUCGCCUCCAUGCGGGACCUGUACAUCAAAAACGGUCAGGGAUUCAUACUGGUCUACAGUCUGGUCAACCAGCAAAGCUUCCAGGACAUAAAGCCGAUGAGAGAUCAGAUCAUAAGAGUGAAAAGGUACGAGAAGGUUCCAGUAAUCCUGGUGGGCAACAAGGUGGACCUGGAGAGUGAGAGAGAGGUAUCGUCCGGCGAAGGUCAGGCUCUGGCCGAGGAGUGGGGCUGCCCGUUCAUGGAGACCUCGGCCAAGAGCAAAACUAUGGUAGACGAACUGUUCGCUGAGAUAGUUCGGCAGAUGGACUACGCCGCUCAGCCGGACAAGGAUGACCCCUGCUGUUCCUCGUGCAAUAUACAAUAGCCCUGGGGGCCUCUAAGGACAGGCCACGAGAGUCCACUGAGAGGACGCUCCAUCGACCCGCAGCAGACAGAUUCACACUUAGACACGCACACACACGCAAUCGAGCCAAUUAAACUGAUGAUAAAUACAUGGUUGAUCACAAUGGAUUUUAACUAAGUGGAACGUGCAAGUCGCAGCAACAUGAUAAUUAAUAACGACAUGUGAGUGCUGCACACAUUUUGAAUGAGGAAUGCCAGGAAUUUGCCGCAAGAGAAAUUGAGAAAUGAGAAAAAAGGAACAUGCCCUCGCCUUAUGUUGUUUUCUGUUGAUGUUUGUGUUCAUCUUUUCAUUUACAGCAAAGAGUCACCCUGGCUAUUGUGGAGGGCCACUACCAUAAACCCUACAAAGCUUUUCUGAGAACCAGCCAUUUUAAACAUUUAGGAGUAUAUAAGUUACAGUAUUUAGAACUCUUCUCCCAGUUAAAAAAAGUCAGUGGGAGGUUUUUCUACCCACCCCAGGGCUGAACCAAAGAGGUGACCCAAAAGCACCUCCCUUUUUCUAACAUUAUUUUUUUAACUCAUUCACAGUAGGAAUGGAGAGAAAGGGGACAAGUCAGUGUCUUUCCUAAAACAUUGGUGCAGUGAUUUCUUUCCAGUUUUUCUCACUUUGAGAUAUAAUACUAAACAUAGCAGAGUCUCACAUAUCGUGUGAUGUUUUGUUCUCCUCUUUGAGAGACUCUGAAAACAGAUUAAUGAGUAGUAAUAUAAGAAACCACUUCAUCCUGAUAGGACAAAGAGUAUUUUCAAUGUUUGAAUAACUGAACACACGCCAUCUCUCCAACUCUAUCAGGAAGGGGUGACGUUAAAAGUGAAGAGGCCAACAUUUGUCACUUAUUUUUUUCCUCCUCCAGAGCCACAAGGAAAUGUGGCACUUUCGAGUUUCCGCAUCCUGAUGCCAUUUUAUGUGCUCAGAGUAUUCAAAUUCAUGGUGACAAAUAGAAAGGAGGAUGAAGAUGUUUAAAACUGUUGUGUAAAUAUUUUGUAAUGAAAGUGCCAGCUCGUAUGAAGACACUGACCCAACACAUGUGGAGUUGUCAUCUGUGUGCAUGGCUAGUUAACAAAAAAGGACUCUUACUGUUUGAGAUUACUAUAGGCUGUGGAAACGUGCAAAUCAAACACACUCACGUCUGGAUCUGGACACUGUUUAAACUGUACAUCAAUGUUGCCACGGGAAGCAGACUUUCCCCGUGUGACCAUUUUCAUUGUUGAUUUUCUAUUUUUUUAUGUGACCAUUUACUCUUUAUCCCUCUAUGAAUGGUGACACUGUUACAUUUGACACCUAAACAAUAAAAGUGCGUUCAACACUGGAGUGUGGCUGCCAGGCUUCAGACCGAUGGAGGGAAUAGUUUGAAAAAGGUAAUUAUGCAACUGUUAUGGAA